AUGAAGCGCCAGUAUGCUGGGCCCGGGGGCAGCCCUGCCCCCACAGGUCCCCAGGUAGACCUGGGCAGCUGCUCCAAGGCCCCCUUGGAGGUGAACAAUAACGGGGUCAUCUCCUUCCUGAAGGAGGUCUCUCAGUUCACCCCGGCAGCCUUCCCCAUCGCCAAGGACCGCUGCGUGGUGGCAGCCUUCUGGGCAGACGUGGACAACCGGCGCGCAGGCGACGUCUACUACCGGGAGACCACCGACCUGGCCACGCUGCACCGGGCCACGGAGGACGUCAGGCACUAUUUUCCUGAGCUCCCCGGCUUCUCCGCCACCUGGGUUUUCAUCGCCACCUGGUACCGAGUGACCUUCUUUGGAGGCAGCUCCACCUCCCCUGUCAACACGUUCCAGACUGUGCUCAUCACCGACGGCAAGUUCUCCUUCACCAUCUUCAACUAUGAGUCCAUCGCGUGGACCACGGGCACACAUGCCAGCAGUGGGGGCAACGCCACUGGCCUGGGGGGCAUCGCAGCCCAGGCCGGCUUCAACGCGGGCGACGGGCGGCGCUACUUCAGCAUCCCCGGCUCCCGCACGGCGGACGUGGCCGAGGUGGAGACCACCACCAACGUGGGCGUGCCCGGGCGCUGGGCGUUCAGAAUCGAUGAUGCCCAGGUGCGCGUGGGGGGCUGCGGCCAUACAACCUCCGUGUGCCUGGCCCUGCGCCCGUGCCUCAACGGCGGCAAGUGCAUCGACGACUGCGUCACAGGCAACCCUUCCUACACCUGCUCCUGCCUUUCGGGCUUCACAGGGCGGAGGUGCCACCUGGAUGUGAACGAGUGUGCUUCCCACCCGUGCCAGAACGGUGGGACCUGCACCCACGGCGUCAACAGCUUCAGCUGCCGGUGCCCGGCCGGCUUCGGGGGACCUGCCUGUGAGACAGCCCAGUCCCCCUGUGACACCAAAGAGUGUCAAAACGGCGGCCAGUGCCAGGCAGAGAACGGCUCUGCGGUGUGCGUGUGCCAGGCUGGGUACACGGGGGCAGCCUGCGAGACGGAGGUGGACGAGUGCAGCUCUGGCCCCUGCCUGAAUGGAGGCUCCUGUGUGGACCUGGUGGGGAACUACACCUGCGUGUGCGCAGAGCCCUUCGAGGGACCUCGCUGCGAGACAGGAAGCCACCCCGCGCCUGAUGCCUGCCUCUCGGCCCCCUGCCAGAACGGGGGCACCUGUGUGGACGCCGACCAGGGCUACGUGUGCGAGUGCCCCGAAGGCUUCAUGGGCCUGGACUGCAGGGAGAGAAUCCCCAACAUCUGUGAGUGCCGCAACGGAGGCCGAUGCCUGGGCGCCAACACCACCCUCUGCCAGUGCCCCCCGGGCUUCUUCGGGCUCCUCUGUGAAUUUGAAGUCACCGCCAUGCCCUGCAACAUGAACACGCAGUGCCCGGACGGGGGCUACUGCAUGGAGUACGGGGGGAGCUACCUCUGUGUCUGCCACACGGACCACAACGCCAGUCACUCCCUGCCGUCACCCUGCGACUCGGACCCCUGCUUCAACGGAGGUUCCUGUGACGCCCAGGACGACUCCUAUACGUGCGCGUGCCCGCGCGGGUUCCACGGCAGGCACUGCGAGAAAGCCAGGCCACACCUGUGCAGCUCGGGGCCCUGCCGCAACGGGGGCACGUGCAAGGAGGCGGCUGGCGAGUACCACUGCAGCUGCCCCUACCGCUUCACCGGGAGGCACUGUGAGAUCGGGAAGCCAGACUCGUGCGCCUCCGGCCCCUGUCACAAUGGUGGCACCUGCUUCCACUACAUCGGCAAAUACAAGUGUGACUGUCCCCCGGGCUUCUCCGGAAGGCACUGCGAGAUCGCCCCCUCCCCCUGCUUCCGGAGCCCGUGCGUGAACGGGGGCACCUGCGAGGACCUGGGCACCGAUUUCUCCUGCCACUGCCAAGCGGGGUACAUGGGACGCCGGUGCCAGGCAGAGGUGGACUGCGGCCCCCCAGAGGAAGUGAAGCACGCCACGCUGCGCUUCAACGGCACCCGGCCCGGCUCGGUGGCCCUGUACGCGUGCGACCACGGCUACAGGCUGAGCACCCCCAGCCACGUCCGGGUCUGCCAGCCGCAGGGUGUCUGGAGCGAGCCUCCCCAGUGCCUCGACACUGGUGAGUGCCAGUCUCAGCUGUGCCUGCUUGGGGGCUCCUGCCAGGGCCCUGUUGCCAACACGGACGAGUGCCAAGCGCAGCCCUGCAGAAACGGAGGCUCCUGCAGGGACCUCCCGGGGGCCUAUGUCUGCCAGUGCCCUGCGGGCUUUGUUGGCGCCCACUGCGAAACAGAGGUGGACGCCUGCGACUCCAGCCCCUGCCAGCACGGAGGCCGGUGCGAGAACGGCGGCGGGGCCUACCUGUGCGUCUGUCCCGAGGGCUUCUUCGGCUACCACUGUGAGACAGUGAGUGACCCCUGCUUCUCCAGCCCCUGUGGGGGCCACGGCUACUGCCUGGCCAGCAACGGGUCCCACAGCUGCACCUGCAAAGUGGGCUACACAGGCGAGGACUGCGCCAAAGAACUCUUCCCGCCAACUGCUCUCACGGUGGACAGGGUGGAGGAGACGGGGGUCUCCAUCUCCUGGCGCCCUCCCGACGGCCCGGCUGCCAGGCAGGUGCUCGAUGGCUACGCGGUCACCUACGUCUCCACCGACGGCGCCUACCGCCGCACAGACUUCGUGGACAGGAGCCGCUCCUCGCACCAGCUCCAGGCCUUGGCGGCGGGCAGGGCCUACAACAUCUCCGUCUUCUCGGUCAAGCGCAACGCCAACAACAAGAACGACAUCAGCAGGCCUGCAGCGCUGCUCACCCGCACGCGACCCCGCCCUGUUGAGAGCGUGGAGGUCACCAACGUGACGGCCAGCACCAUCUCGGUGCAGUGGGCUCUGCACCGGAUCCAGCACGCCACCGUCAGCCGGGUCCGGGUGUCCCUCCACCACCCUGAGGCCUCCAAGGACCAGUCCAUCGACGUGGACAAGAGUGUGGACAGGUUCACAUUUGGGGCCCUGCUGCCAGGAAGGAGAUACACCAUCCAGGUGACCACCCUUAGUGGGCUCAGCGGAGAGGAGCAGCCCACCGAGAGCCUGGCCACCGCACCAGUGCACGUGUGGACCCGGCCCCUGCCUCCUGCCAACCUGACUGCCACCCGAGUCACGGCCACCUCUGCCCACAUGGUCUGGGAUGCUCCUGCUCCAGGCGCCCUGCUGGAGGCCUAUGUCAUCAACGUCACCACCAGCCAGAGCACCAAGAGCCGCUACGUCCCCAACGGGAAGCUGACGUCCUACACAGUGCGCGACCUGCUGCCAGGGCGGCGGUACCAGCUGUCAGUGACGGCCGUGCAGAGCGCAGAGCAUGGCCAGCUGCACAGCGAGCCCGCCCACCUCUACAUCGUCACCUCCCCCGGGGACGGCGCCCACAGACGCUGGCACCAGGGAGGACACCACCCGCGGGUGCUCAGAAACAGACCACCCCCGGCGCGCCUGCCGGAGCUGCGCCUACUCAACGACCACGGCGCCCCCGAGACGCCAACCCAGCCGCCCAGGUUCUCAGAGCUCGUGGACGGCAGGGGCAGAGUGAGCGCCAGGUUCGGCAGCUCACCCAGCAAGGCAGUCCCCGAGCGAUCACAGCCCACAGUCCCAGCGCAGCUCGAGAACAUGGAGGAGACCCCCACGCAGGUCAGCCUGGCCCUCCACCUCCCUGAACGCAGUGACAAGGACAUCAACAAUGCCCCGGGGAACUGCUCAGAAAACCCCUGUCGGAACGGAGGCACCUGUGUGCCGGGCGCCGGCACCCACCGCUGCGACUGCGGGCCGGGGUUCAAAGGCAGGCGCUGCGAGCUCGCCUGUAAGAAGGUGCCCCGCCCCUGCACGCGGCUGUUCUCCGAGACAAAGUCCUUUCCGGUCUGGGAGGGAGGCGUCUGUCACCACAUGUACAAAAGAGUCUACAAAGUUCACCAAGACGUCUGCUUCAAAGAGAGCUGUGAGAGCACAAGCCUCAGGAAAACCCCAAACAGGAAACAGAGUAAGAGUCAAACACUGGAGAAAUCUUAAGGAUUUAGGACGUUCUUGUUACACUCUGCCAACCCCAAGAGUUUCUAAAACCCAGGAAGACAAGGUCUGAAAAUUGGAUUGAAAAGGACACCCUGAAA